AUGAGGGCGAAAGUUCAAGGAACUUCAAAAGCCCCCGACAUGGAUCUGUACGAUGGGACCACCGAUCCAAAGCAUCAUCUGAGCAACUUUAAAAGUCAGAUGUACCUAGCUGAUGCCACUGAUGCUACUCGUUGCAAAGCCUUUCCAACAACUCUGACAAACGCAGCAAUGAAGUGGAUCGAUAGCCUCCCCCCAAGGUCGGUCACCAGUUUUGACAACCUCUUGUGUAAGUUUCUUAUGCGAUUUUCAAUCCAAAAAGACAAAGUCAAGCACGUGCCGUGUCUCUUGGGAGUAAAACAGGAGGUCGGAGAAUCUCUGAGGGACUACAUAGAAAGGUUCAACAAGGCGUGCCUAGAGAUUCAAGACUUGCCCACAGAGGCGGUAAUUAUAGGCCUGGUAAAUGGACUACGAGAAGGUCCUUUUUCUCAGUCCAUCCCGAAAAGGCAUCCAACUUCUUUAAGUGACGUACAAGAAAGAGCUGAAAAGUACAUCAACAUGGAUAAAAACGUCAGGCUGCGAGAACCAAGCUGGAAAAUUUGUCACACUGAAAGGCUACCUCCCCCUCGGCUCAUUAAGAACAAGAAAGGGGGAAUUCAUAGCGAAUACUCUGAGUACCAUAAGCUGUAUGGGUACUCAACAAAUGAUUGUUACGACCAAAAAAAUGUGAUAGAAAAGUUGGCCAGGAAAGGUCGGCUUGACAGAUAUUUCAUGGAAAGGGGGGUUGCUGGAGGAGGUCUCGCAAACUCAUCUCGCAAGAGGCACCUGAAGGAAGUCUAUCAGGUCAGGGGUGAACUGCCUGACCUCCCAACGAUCUCCUUCACCAAAGAAGAUGGACAAGACAUUGUUCCCAGAUAUGAUGAUCCGAUGGUGAUUACCAUGAUUCUCGCCAAUUCCCAUCUACACAGAACCCUGGUGGAUUAG